AUGGCAAUCACAAGAUCCCAGACUCGAAUUGCAGCAUCAGCAACUUUCCAUGGGUUCCGGAAACUACCCGCCGAAAUUCGUCUCAUGAUCUGGAACUUGGCUCUUAUCCCGCGGCUGGCCACCGCCCAAUCAUCACCGGUUCCAGCGGUCCUACGCGCGUGCGUGGAAUCUCGGCGCUUAACCGGUUACUCAUACGAUUCGGCCAUCAUCUUCCACCCACAGCUCGAUAUCCUUUACCUCCAUUCUCUCUCGUUCACCAUUGCCGUCCUGGGCCUCGGCGCCCCUUACAAACGCUUUCUCGCCAUCGCUCCAAAGUCGUUGAUGAAGGUCGAGAGGUUGGGAAUGCAUCUCGUAGAUGCCAGAUGUUUCUUGUUGCGCCGGGGGAAUGUGGGGUUGCAGGCUACAUGUCCGGCUCUACGGGAGUUGGUUGUCGUUCUGAAGGAGAAUGAGGAGUUGGAGAAGAGAACUUGGUGGAGGUUAAGGACGGGAAUGGGGAUGGGGGGAUGCUGGGGAUGUAUUUUGAGAUGCCCGCGGUGA